AUGACACAAGUUGAAGUACGAACGUGUCGCCCCAUAAAGCACUUGGCAGUGUUAUUUUCUAUCUUCGCCUUGAUACUGAUAAUAGUAGCUUUAGCAGGCUCUAAUUGGGUAGAUGUUAAAUUAAGAGAUGAUGAAUCGUAUCAGAAUUGGGGACUGUGGGAAGAAUGCUUUGAAAUUGUUGGCUUUGACCCCAUUUGUGUAUCAAAAGAUUGGAUGUCAGCUUGUGGAGCAUUUGUUAUAAUAACAUUAUUAGCUAGUGUUGGUGCUAUAGUAUUAGGUAUAUUUGGUAUUUGUACUAAAACUAGAACAUGGUAUAUCAUAGCUGGUAUAUUAUGUGUUGCUGGAGCUCUCUGUGAUUUGAUUGCCUUGAUUGUUUAUCCAUCCAAAUUUUCUGAAGAAAUUCAAGGUAGUAGUGUCAGAGGAUGGGACUUUGAUUGGACAUAUGGUAUAUCAUGGGGUGCAUUAUUCUUCUUGGUAGGAGGUGCUGUAUUAUUUUUCUGGAAGGUAGAUGAUGAAGAAGAAAAUUUUGAACGAGCUCCAAAACAUUUUUAUGAUAACAGAAUGACGUAA